AUGGCUUCACACAUUGGACCUUGGAGAAGCUCUGCUCAGGGCCAUCUCAAACCAGACAGCAAUGGAGAUCUCAAGACUGACUACUCUCGUUGGCGAUUGGUCAAUGAUGCUGGUCGCCAGACAUGGCAGUAUUUAGAAUCAGAUGAGGAAAAUGAGGCUUGGCCACAGACAAUUGCAGACAAGUACAAUCUUGGAUUACCAACUGGUCUUCCAGAGCUACCAGAGGCCAAAACACCGCGCCAAGCUGCUGAGAACGGUCUUUCCUUUUUCUCACAUCUGCAACUCGGGCCAGGGAACUGGGGCUGUGAGUAUGGCGGUCCGAUGUUCCUCCUGCCAGGUAUCUUGAUCACCUGGUAUGUGACCAAGACCCCUAUUCUUCCCGAGUAUGCGACCGAGAUCAAGCGGUAUCUAUUUGCCCGUCAGAACCCGGAAGAUGGCGGGUGGGGAUUGCAUAUCGAAGCCCACAGCUCGGUUUUUGGCACCGCCAUGAACUACGUGGCUCUGCGUCUGGUCGGUGUGGGUGAAGAUGAUCCUCGAAUGAUCAAAGCCCGUGGCCUUCUGCACAAGUUUGGAGGUGCCAUAUACGGUCCGCACUGGGCCAAGGCUUGGCUAAGCAUUUUGGGCGUGAUGAGCUGGGAGGGAGUGAACCCUGUGCCUCCUGAGAUCUGGCUCCUCCCUGACUGGGUUCCUUUUGCCCCUUGGCGAUGGUGGAUUCACAUUCGCCAGGUCUUUCUCCCGCUCUCCUACAUCUGGUCCAAGAAAUGGUCCCAUCCCCUGGAUGAUCUGACCAGGCAAAUUCGAGAGGAAUUGUACACUCAGCCGUAUGACUCGAUCAAUUUCGCACAGCACCGCAAUUCUAUUCACGCCGCGGACAACUACUACCCCAAAACCAUGCUUCUGAACGGUCUCAAUGAACUGCUUGUCCGCGUGUGGAAUCCGUUCCUCCGUAUCAACGCCAUCAGCAAGCGUGCGGAGGACUGGACCUGGGAACUGAUCCGGAUGGAAGACGAGAACACUGACUAUGCGGGAUUGGGACCCGUCAGCAAUCCUCUAAACAUGAUUGCAUGCUUCAUUCAUGAAGGUCCCGACAGCUACUCAGUCCGUCGACACCGGGAGCGGUUGAAUGAUUACAUGUGGAUGAAGGAUGAGGGUAUGCUGGCUAACGGCACUAACGGAGUUCAGGUCUGGGAUACCACUUUUGCCACGCAAGCUAUUUCAGUGGCUGGGUUCGCCGACGAUCCCAAGUGGCGGCCGAUGUUGCUCAAAGCACUGGAAUUCAUCGACGACCACCAACUGCGAGAGAAUGUGCCGGACCAAGAGAAGUGCUAUCGCCAACACCGAAAGGGUGCCUGGCCCUUUAGCAACAAGACCCAAGGCUAUACCGUCAGCGAUUGCACCGCCGAGGGCCUACGAUCCACGAUCCAGCUCCAGAGGAUGCACAAUUUCCCCGAGUUGAUUUCUCUGGAUCGUUUGAAGGACAGCGUCGACUGCCUCCUCUUGAUGCAGAACCCAACCGGUGGCUUCACCGAGUACGAGACGACCCGGGGCUCGUCUAAAAUCGAGUGGCUGAAUGCGGCCGAGGUGUUUGGUGGUAUCAUGAUCGGCUAUGACUACCCAGAGUGCACCACUGCAUCCGUCACUGCUUUUUCCCUCUUCAGCAAGUUCUACCCGGAUUACCGCGCGGAUGAGAUUCGGGCUGCCAAGAAGAAGGCCGUUGCCUACAUCAAGCGUGCUCAGCGUGUCGACGGCAGUUGGUAUGGGUCAUGGGGCAUCUGCUUCACCUAUGCUGCCAUGUUCGCUUUGGAGAGUCUGGCGAGUAUCGGCGAGACUUACGCGACCAGCGAUAACUCUCGUCGGGGCUGUGAAUUCCUGAUCUCCAAGCAGAAGGAGGAUGGCGGGUGGGGCGAGUCUUACCUCAGUAGCGAGAAGCAUGUCUACGUCCAACAUGAGAAAUCCCAGGUGGUGCAAACAGCUUGGGCGUGUCUUGCUCUCAUGGAGGCUGACUACCCGCACAAGGAGCCGUUGCAACGCGGCAUAAAAUUGCUCAUGUCACGUCAACAACGCAACGGCGAGUGGUUGCAAGAGUCUAUCGAAGGAGUUUUCAAUCAAUCCUGCAUGAUCUCCUACCCUAAUUACAAGUUCUACUGGCCGAUUCGAGCCCUCGGACUUUACAGCAAGAAGUUUGGCGAUGAGCAGCUCCAGUAG